AAAAAAAAACAGGAUCCAUGAAGUAGAAAUGCUUAAGAAUUCCUGGUUUGUACACUCUAAGAGCAGGAUUGUGACUAGCUUUUGUGAACAGGAAGAAUGAAAGUAGGGAACCUUGGAGGUGGAAACAGGAAAGAAACCCGAGCAGGUAAUUAGUAGAGUGGCAAGAAUGCUGAACUGAGCUCCAUGUCCCAGCAUAGUCUCAUUGGAAAAGUCAUUCCCCCUCUUCUAACCUAAGUUUUUCUGAUUUAUUGAAUGGAAAUAUUCACCCCUGGUAUUUCUUGGGGCUGUUGCAAACACUAAAGUUAUAUGAACAAUAGUGGCUUCCCAACAUCCUAUUGAUACCUCUGCAUUCAAACUUGUAGAACUCAGUCCUGUGAAGACAAGAGUUGCUGAGAACUGCAGAUUGGAAAGUUGUUGACUUGAUGGAGCAUGGGACCUGGCUUUCAUUUCAUUAUGGCCAGAACAGCUUCUCGCCCAUUCUGGUACUAAGCUGAUGCUUUAAUGCCCUUUGUCAACCGUGAUUUACCAAGCCUCCUGCUGCGUGUUUUGGACAAACCCACAAAGGGGGAGGGGGCUACUAGCUUGGUGAUUGGGCUGCCGUUCAAUCCCAGCAUGGGUACUCUCAGUAAUGCCAGUUGGGAGGAAGGGCUGAUAGGAGGACAAGCAAAGGAUCUUAGGCACUGUCCCCUUGCUGAUGUUGUCCCCCUGGAAACGGGGCCAAGGGUUCUACUGAUUCUUGUUGCUACCAACGUAUUAUAGCACCUUAGAGUUCUGAAAGAGGUAGAAAGCAAGUAGCCUUUAGAAAGCAGAGACAUCGGGAUCCUGCCAGCAGUACUUCUCUUGGAUGAUCUCAUUCUUCUUUUCUUUCUUCUUCCUCCUAGAAGCUUUCAAAUCUAAAUUCAGAGAGACCUUACCAAACCGGUUGACACGUAAAACAUCAAAAUGUAAAACGUUUUGCAGAAAUGCUGAACAAUCAUUUCACCUUCACUUCAGUGUUAUAUUAUUUUUGAAUACCAACUUGAGCUCUUCUUCCGGGUGGUGGUUAUCUUCUCAGAGAAGCAGUAUACUGCUGGUACACUCUUUUCAUCGUCUCAUCCACAUUGUGAUCCAGACUCAGAGAACUGCUCCUUCAUCCUGCAUUUGAUUGGGGAGGGCCUGCCUUCCUGACCCAGGAAGAUGCCGAUUCUCAAACAGCUAGUGUCCAGCUCGGCCCACUCAAAGCGCCGAUCGCGAGUGGAUCUCACAGCAGAGAUGAUCAGCGCUCCCCUAGGCGACUUCCGCCACACCAUGCAUGUGGGGCGUGCUGGGGAUGCCUUUGGAGACACCUCCUUCCUUAACAGCAAAGCUGGGGAGCCAGACCCCGAGGCCCUUGAGGAACAGGCAAGUGCUACUUCCUCAUCGAAACCCAGCCUCCUGUCUCGAAAGUUUCGGGGAAGCAAGAGAUCCCAGUCAGUGACACGGGGAGACCGACGGGACAUGCUGGGCUCUCUGCGGGAUUCUGCUCUUUUUGUGAAGAACGCCGUGUCCCUGCCACAGCUCAACGAGAAAGAGGCGGCAGAGAAGGGGUCUGGCAAGCUGCCUAAGAGCCUUUCAUCCAGUCCUGUGAAGAAGGCGGCCGCUGGAGGAGCAGAGGAGGAAGAAGUGGAGGAGGAAGGAGGAGCUGGGGAGAAGACACCCCGUCUGAAUGGAUCCGGGGGCACCCACUCUCCUGACCCCAUCCUUGAUGAGCGGGCCUUUGGGGAUAUUACAGACCUGCCCCAUGUACCCAAGGCUGGCUAUGGGUUGAAGCAUGCAGAAUCUAUUAUGUCCUUCCACAUUGACCUGGGUCCCUCCAUGCUGGGGGAUGUCCUCAGCAUCAUGGACAAGGAUGAGUGGGACCCGGAGGAAGAGGAUGGUUGCCAUGGUGAUGAGGGCCCAAGCCACAGCAGCCAGCCCCCUCUUUCUGCUGCUGUUCCUCUGAUACAGCAGGAAGGGAAGCCUGGUCCAGACUCACCAUUGCUGCCUCCCUGCACUUUGGAGGAUGAGGGUUGGGCGGCAGCAGCUCCCAGCCCAGCCUCUGCCCGAAGUGUGGGCAGUCAUACCACAAGAGACAGUAGUUCCAUCUCCAGCUGUGCCUCUGGAAUCCUAGAGGAACGAAGCCCUGCUCUCCACGGGCUGGAAAGGGCUCGGGUCCCUCUUGCCCGACAGCCUAACAAAGAGUUCUCCUUUAUGGACGAAGAAGAGGACGAGAUCCGUGUGUGAAGGGGACGGGGGGAGUGUUGAGUGGCUCUGCACAACUGACUUAUUUUUGUCCCCACUCCCUGUGACUUUCCACCUUUCUAUGGGACUCCCAGAGUCCAGAUAGAAUAGCCCAUGGAAGGGGCCUUGGCAGAAAGUCUUAGUUGCAGGAGACACCUCUGUAAUUCAUCUUUGCCUGUGAAUAGAAUAUUUGGUCCUCUUUGUGACUCCUUUCUCCUAGAUGUGGGAUUUGGUGGAACCUGUGAGUCAAGCAACUGUGGGUUGGAAGGGGUGGGGAUGCAUUAUUUACCUGACAUCCACGGACAACUUGUUCUUCCCCAACAUAUGCGAGGAUCAGGUGGCCAAUGAACUCUUGAGGAUGAAGCGGGAAUCAAUGUUCCUCCUUUCUUUCUAGUCCCUUUCCCCCUCACUCUUCCCAAAUGAAUGCCAGACAUCAAUCUGAUUGCCUCUGCACAUUGAGUGAUAUCAGGGCAGCAAAAGCCAGACCUCCAUUUGAUCUCUGUCUAGCUUGUAGUGUUGUCUCCCAUUCUAUGUAGCUUCCUCAUCUCCCCCUUUUUAUGUCUUUCUAAAUCUCUUCCACCACCCCCCAAUCCUCUUCUCACCCCAUGUUUCUCAUUCUUCCUAGACUUUUAUCUUGACUUGUGACUUUGUUCUCUGGCUACUAGCCAUUACUAGAAAGAGGUCUGAGUGUGAGAGGGUAAGGGUCGGCAUUAUAUAUGGUGCAGGUGGGAAGAUGCUCUGAGAAGUCCCCUCCUCGCCCCCAUCUACCUAUUUCUUUGCUCAUGUUUCUGUUUUAGGAGAAGAUUCGAAAAGAGGAAACUGUUGGGAGGAAAACUAUAAAGUUCUUGGAGCCUGAUUGGGAAAUGUUUCCCCUUUCGCUCCCUCUCCUUUGGGAGCUGCCCCUUUUCUAAGAACAAACUGGGAGGAGUUUGGGGCUCCCCCAAACAGGGCUGGGGCUCCCUUUGUAUUGGAGGGUAAGAAGCUUAGCUGUGGGAGAAAGGGAGGUCACAGUUUUAGAGCUGUCGUCCAGCUCCCCUCCCCCUCAGAAAUGCUCCAUUUCUGCCUCCCAAAACCCAGGCAGGAAGUCUGGGGCCCCUUGGAGUUAAACAGCACCAGGUGGUUGGGUCGGAGUAGUAUACAUGGAAAAUCUCCUCUUCCCACAGCAGCCUGUAGGGAGUAAGGAGAAGAUGAUGAUGAUGGGAAUACCCUGAAAAGGGCCUCUAGGUUGUGAUUCUGAAUUUUAGUCUACCCAAAUGGGAGCAAUGAUAAUAACAAAACCUGGGUGUGGGGUUCUCCCCAGAACACAGGGAGCAGCUAUUGGAUCAGCCUAGCUUUUUUAUUUCAAAUAAUUUGGGUGUGGUUUUUCCUUUUAAUUUUAAUCUAAUUCCUUUUUGGGGGGGAGGAAAGGCCUUUAUGGUGAGUAGGGCUCCUCCCAGAUUGGCCAGUUCUCUUCACUGACCUGAAUUAUUUUCUUAGGAGUUUCAUUUAAAUCCCUGGCCCCAACUCUGGGCUGUCCAUUUCUUGGACUGGUUGUAGAAUCUUGCCACAGUUGAAGGUUGAGCCCCCAUUAGAGAGCUGUACAAUAAGUCCUACUGUGUUAGUCUGUCAGCCUUGCUCUGGUAUUAGGGUUUCAGCACAGAUUGACCUCGAGGUUAUUUAGUCUAAUCAUCCCUUAACAGGAAUCCCCUCUACCGUAUAACAUCCCUGACAAGUAAUCCUACUUGUCACUGAUUUAAAGACCUCUAGUAAAUGAGAACCCAUUACCUCCCAAAGCGACUCAUUUCAUGUUGGCUUAGCUCUUUUAGGAAAUUUUUUCUUACGUUGAUCUUAACUUGGCCUUUCUAUCACAUACCCACUGUUCCUAAUUCUGCCUUUAAUGCCCCAAGAACAAACCACUGGUUCCUUCUGAAAAUACUUUAAGGCAGCUAACAGAUUUCCUACCUGAAAUCUCAUCUCCAGCAUACACACCCCCAUUUUCUUCAGCAGUUCUGGAAAAAGGUUUGGCUUCCAGCCAUCCUGUUCACCCUUUUUCUUCUCUGAAAGAUACCCCGUUUGCCCCAUCAUCUAUCUUCUUGACAUAGUGACUUUGGGCAUGGUGAGAAGCCCAAAGGAUCAAAUCAAGCUAGAGCCUAGGUCUGGAACUGGAAAUUAGAAGGGAGAAAGUGAAAGGGAAGGGAUAGAACAAGACUAAAACCAUUAGUGACGCAGGUGAUGGCAACUAUAUGAAACACUAACUUAGUUCUUUAAAAGCACAGAUUUGGGUAAUGUUCAUGGCCAGUGACAGUUCUGAAACUUAAAAGGAUAAGCCUGUUGGGACAGGGAGAGGGAAUGGGGAUGGACCCCACCCUGUGUGGGCAGCACAUGAAAUGUUUACUGGUGAUGAUGUAGCACACACUAAAAUGCAUAUUCUUUUUUUAAUGAGGCCUAUGGAAGACAGAGAGGAAACAUUAAAAAUCCUUAGUGAUGCUUGAUGUUUUCAA